GCCGCGGCGGGGUGGCUCGGGCAGUCCGCGACCGGCCCCGCUUCGGCAGCGGCAGGCGGGGCUGUGCUUAUGUAGGGUUUCGUGCGGGGAACAUGUUUUGGCAAGGCGUGGGGAGAAACGCCUUGCCAGCGACACAGAAACGGAGCGUUUCGUCCUUACAGUACGUCUUGUAAAACGUACCGGUGACGUGUUCUCCCUGUACGGCCUUGCGAGUUUGUGUGACUGAAGGACUGUACAAGUCUGAGAAGCUGGACACCUGGAGAAGGAAAGAAAGCCUGCUGCCCAUCAGCAGCACCGUGUCUGUGGUGUUCCCAAGUAAAAGUGCUGCAAAAAACAAGUUCUGCAGAUUCGUUUUAGCCGGGGAUAAACACGAUCAGUGCCUCAGUUUUGCAGAAACGUAUGAAGGAUUGGUCAUGAGUAGCACCAUUGAUUUCAGCAGCUCUGUGCCCAAUCAGAGGUAGCACCAGCUGGUGUGAUAGAAGUUUCUUGGGAAAGGGGAAGUGGGGCAUGGACCACAGCUUUGGAGGCAUCUGCAUGCUUUGCAGUUGAAGCAACAAGCUAAGGAUGCUGCUAAUGGUCACAGUUUGCAUGAUUGCUCAUGUAACUGCCAGGAAAAUGGCAGGACUUCACCGACAUGAAGAGGAGAAAUUCUUCAUAAAUGCUGAAGGCAGGAAAGAGCCUGUGCCAAGUAUCCAUGAUCCCCCUACAACAGAACUCUCUGUGGUUGUGCCUUCAUACAAUGAGGAAAACCGAUUACCUCUUAUGAUGAAUGAAGCUUUGGAUUAUCUAGAAAAAAGACAGAAACGAGAUCCUUCAUUCACGUACGAAGUAAUAGUGGUUGAUGAUGGUAGUAAAGAUCAAACAAGAAAGGUUGCAAUGAAGUACUGCAAGAAAUAUGGAAGCGACAAAGUGCGAGUGCUUUCUUUGGUAAAAAAUCGAGGGAAAGGAGGAGCAGUCAGGAUGGGUGUCUUCAGUUCUCGGGGAAAAAAAAUUCUUAUGGCUGAUGCAGAUGGAGCUACAAAGUUUGCAGAUAUUGAAAAAGUAGAAGAAGGUCUAAAAAAUCUUGAGCCAUGGCCUAACCAGAUGGCUAUUUCCUGUGGUUCUAGAGCUCAUCUGGAGAAGGACUCAAUAGCAAAGCGCUCUUACUUUCGAACUCUCCUCAUGUAUGGGUUCCACUUCCUUGUGUGGUUUCUCUGUGUCAAAAAGAUCAGAGACACACAGUGUGGAUUUAAACUUUUAACCAGAGAAGCUGCCUCACGGACCUUCUCAGCUCUUCAUAUAGAACGCUGGGCAUUUGACGUGGAACUUCUUUAUAUAGCACAGCGCUUGAGAAUACCUAUAGCAGAAGUUGCUGUCAACUGGACCGAAAUUGAAGGUUCUAAGUUAGUUCCCUUUUGGAGCUGGCUGCAGAUGGGCAGAGACCUUCUUUUUAUACGACUGCGAUAUAUGACUGGUGCCUGGCAGCUUGAAACAAGAAAAUGUAAUUAGGUUAUUUACAUUUUCCAAAUAUAUUAUUAUAUUUGAUGGAACAUGAGAACAGUUUCAAUCAAGUGAAGUGGUGAUGAAAGCUGAGGUAAUUCUUCAUUGCUCCCGUUGUAUUGUUUCUUUUUUGCAGCACGUGUGUCAGCAGGGAAUUUGUUCAAUGUUUUGAAACCAGAAAGCAUUUCCAAAAAUAUUUUCUUAUCUGGUAUUCAGGUUUUUAUUUUAUUAAAUGGUAGCUUUAACAUGUCUUAUAAAUUCACUCAAAUAAAUAUGUCUGCUUUUGUCUCAUCAUA